AUGAUACCCGAGAGUCGAGCGAAUAUGGACGGACUUAGCUAUCCGGAAGCCCAUGUUAUUAACCUCUCUACAAUUACCUCCGCUCGGGUUGCGCCAAAAAUUGAGGUCAAAUCUGAGCCCCAGGCACGUGCAGUCAUUUUGUAUACGAGUGAAACCACUGGCCGACCCAAGGGUAUUCAGCUUCGCCAUUCAAGCCCCAUGAACGAAAUCGAGGGGUAUAUCGGGAGGUGGGGACUAGGUGCCGAGAUGGUGCUACAGCAGGGGGGCAUGACAUUCAAUCACUCCCUCGACCCAACGCUCACAGGUCUAUCUAACGGCAGAUGUGUCAUUGUGGUCGCAAAAUCCCUUCGGGGUGACCCGAUAUCGUUGGCAAAGUUGGUCGCUGAUGAAAGCAUCACAUACACAAAAGCGACCCCACCAGAGUACGCAAAGUGGCUCUACUAUGGCUCUGACUACCUUCGCCGCGCAUCAGCGUGGAAGUUCGCCUUCGGUGGUGGCAAGCAUCUCACGACCAGUCUUGCGCAAAGGCUCCGCGCUCUAGAAAUUCCUAGUCUCCGUCUGUUCAACUCCUACGGCCCGGGCGAGAUCACGAUAUCUUGCCAUAAAAUGGAAAUCGACCACAAGAAUGAAAAGUCUACACCGGGAAACAUCUAUCCUGUCGGGCACUCCUUGCCUAAUUACAGCACCUACAUCGUCAACAAGGAAAUGCGAUGCGUGCCUCCAGGUGUCUCUGGUGAGAUUCUCAUUGGAGGUGCCGGGCCCUUCAUAGGAUAUCUCAACAUGGAUGCCCUGAAUGAGGAGAAGCUCGUUGAUAACACCUUCGCGCCGCCCGAGUACCUCGAUCAGGGCUGGACCAAGGCGUAUCGGACCUUUGACCGAGGUUAUCUUCUUCCCGGUGGAGAACUUGUAAUUGAUGGUCGACUAGACGGUGACACGCAGGUCAAGAUUCGAGGAAUCCGAAUGGAGCUUGAAGAUAUCGAGAAUACGCUCGUAGAAACCUCCAGCGGGGCAUUGAUCCAAGCCGUCGUUUCCAUCCGUGGGAAAGAGAACCAGCAACUUGUUGCCUUUGUCAUUCUGGCUCCUCGCUUCCAAGGCGACAUCGAUGCUAUGCUGACCCAGUUAAAGAAGGACCUUCCAUUGCCGCAGUAUAUGUGCCCGGCUGCUAUUGUAGCUGUCGACAAGCUGGCUCUCACUGCGCAUGGGAAGGUUGAUCGCCGGGCUGUCGAUGCCCUUCCUCUCCCCAAAGCAACCAAGUCCAGCGUCGACUCCGAGGGAAGCGAGAAGCUGACACCAACUGAGACUUUAUUGCGAGAAAUAUGGGGCAGGGUUCUCCAUGAAGGCAUUGUGGAUAUCUUGAGCAUUCCGAGUGACACUGAUUUCUUCAUGGUCGGUGGUAGUUCUGUGCUCCUGGUCAAGCUCCAAGCCAUGAUCCACGAAGAACUUCAAGUCACCCUCCCUCUGAUGGAUCUCUUCGAGCAUAGUGUUUUAAAGGCCAUGUCACAGAAACUCGAGGCCGCGAGCCCAACGACUGUCAUUGAUUGGGAGGCCGAAAUAACUCUCCCCAAGCUACUCAUGGGGUCAGGAAACCACGAGAUCACUACACCAGUCAAACAACAAAACCUGGUUGUGGUCCUCACCGGGAUUACUGGUUUCUUGGGCAAAGCCCUCUACCGCAAAUUGAUUUCUGAUCCAGCCGUUGCCCAUAUCCAUGCAAUUGCAGUCCGUCCCCGAGGUGUCGGCGGUCGCACUCUACCUUCCCCAUCGCCAAAGCUAACACUGCAUGAUGGGGACCUUUCCUCUCCCCUACUGGGUCUGAAUGAAAACACAUUCAGCUCUCUAUCCGACACAGCCGACCUUAUUAUUCAUUCUGCCGCCAACCGCUCCUUCUGGGAUGCAUACUCCGUUGUCCGAGAACCCAACGUCUCAAGCACCAAAGUCCUACUCGAACUCGCCAGCCGCCGCCGCGUCCCAAUUCACUUCCUAUCCAGCGGCGGCGUGAUGAAUGUAGGAUCUGAGCCGCCACCAAACGGCCAACAAGGCUAUGUCGCAUCCAAGUGGGCGAGCGAGCGUCUCCUCGACUGCGCUGCUCAACUUGUUGGGCUAUCAACUGUUGCACAUCGUCCGAAUCAAGGACAUGAUCUACCUGGUCCGACGGAGGAUUGGAGAGAACAAAUUCGAGAGUUGGUGGGGCGCAUGCGUUGUGUACCAACUGAGUGUCACUGGGAUGGAUACAUGGACCUUGUACCAGUCAAAACACUGGCAGAGGACAUGGUUUCAAACUUCAUGUCGGCAAUUUCUGGUCGCAAAGUCGGGGUCAUUGAUUAUCUUCCAACGAUGCGAGUUACUACGGCCGAUUUCUUGAAUGUCGCGAUCGACGAUGGGUCGGGUUUCGAGCGACUUAAUCUGAUGAAGUGGAUGGGUCGUGCAAAGAGGGAGUUUGGAUUUGAAUGGUUUGUCACUGCACAGAAUGCGGUGGUAGGAGACAAAGAAAUGGGCAUGGUCACUCAGCUGUGA